GAAGAAGAACACGGACAUAUUAGUGUGUGACACAGCAGCAGCAGCAGAAGAAGAGGAAGAACCCGGAUACAUUAGUGUGUGACACAGCAGCAGCAGCAGCAGAACCAUGUGGAAGGCGUCACGUUGACUUCGUGGCUGAAACUCGCGUGUGUUUAAACUGUUGUAGAUUAAAUGUUACGGUCAUAAUGAGCGUAAUUUUGAUUGAUCGCAUAAAGAUAGUGUAGAAACAGUUAAUGUUAUUAAUGUUGAGUUAACUAGUGCUUUAAUCUCGCUGAAUAAUCAUGGGGAAAUCAAAGACCAAGAACCAGAAGAAAUCCCGAGCUACAGCUAACCAUGUGGCCGAGGAGACCUACGGAGCGAUCCCCCACUCCUUCGUGUUUCAUCGGGGUCAGAUUGGGAAAAACGUGGGUCAGCUCCUCGCAGACGUGAGGAGAGUCAUGGAGCCAUACACUGCAGAGUCUCUGAAGGUUAGGAAGAAGAACGUGCUGAAAGACUUUGUAGCUAUCGCAGGACCACUGGGAGUGACACACUUCAUGAUCUUCAGCAAGACUCCCAGCUGUAUCAACAUGAGACUUGCUCGACUUCCUAAAGGUCCCAUGCUUCAUUUCAGAGUGCUCAAGUACGCUCUUGUCAAAGACGUGGUUUCAUCUCUGAAGAAGCACCGGAUGCACGAGCAACAGUUCACACACCAUCCGCUACUCAUCCUCAAUAACUUUGGAUCUGACGGCAUGCAUGUUAAACUUAUGGCUACCAUGUUUCAGAACAUGUUUCCUUCCAUUAAUGUGCACAAGGUAAGCCUCAACAAUAUCAAGAGGUGUGUGCUGCUGAAUUACAACCCCGAAACCCAGGAGAUUGAAUUUCGUCAUUACAGCCUGAAGGUCGUCCCUGUGGGAAUGAGCCGUGGAGUCAAGAAGCUGAUGCAGGAGAGGUUCCCCAACAUGAGCAAGUUUGAGGACAUCAGCGAGCUGAUGAUAAAGGGGGCGAACCUUUCAGAAAGCGAAGCAGAGCAAGAUGGGGAGCACAACAUCACCGAACUACCACAGGUCUACUCUGGCCGAGGCAACAUGGCGUCGCAGCAGAGCGCCGUCCGUUUAACCGAGAUUGGUCCUCGCAUGACGCUGCAGCUGCUGAAGAUACAAGAAGGAAUGGGAGAUGGGAAUGUCCUCUAUCACACCAUGAUCUCCAAGACGGAGGAGGAAAUCCAGGAGAUCCUGAACAGGAAGGAGGCGCAGCUGAAAGAGAAGGCGGUUCGCCGGAAAAAGCAGGAGCAAAAUGUCGCUCAGAAGAAAGAGAAACAUGAAGAGAACAAGAAAAAGAGCCUGGAGGGCAUCAAGAGGAAACGUGCUGAAGAAGAGGCUGAAGAGGACAGCGAGGUGGAGGAUCCUGGGAGACAGGACGAUCGGCCAGCUGCUGUUGAGUCUGACGAUGAGGUGGAGUACUACAGACAGGCUGUCGGACAGGAGCCAGAUGAAGACAUGUUCCCCAGUACCAAGAAGAGGUAUAGCUCAGAGAGGCCUCAGGGACCUCCCAGGAAGAGGAAGAUGUCAGAGGGUAAACCAUUUAGAAAAGACACUAGAUCACCCAACAGAAACAGUCCAGGAGGACACCACAGAGACAACACAGGAAAGGGAUGGAAGAGAUCCGGGGACGGGGAGAAGCAGUUUGGAAGGAAACCUGGAGGAAAGGCGUUCGGAGGAAAGGCGUUCGGAGGAAAGGCCUUUGGAGGAAAGGCCUUUGGAGGACAGUCGUCUGGGGGAAAGACGUUUGGAGGAAAAGCGUUUGGAGGAAAAGCCUUCGGAGGAAAGGCGUCCGGGGGAAAGACGUUCGGAGGAAAGGCGUUUGGAGCAAAGAAGCCCGGCGACGGGGAGAGGAAAUUUGGUGGGAACAAAACAUUCGGUGGGAAUAAAAAUAGGGACAAUUCAUUCAAAUCAAAAGGUCCGAAAGGCAAACCGGCCUUCAACAAGAAAGGUGCAGGAGCAAAGCAAGGCUUCAAACAGAGGAAGGGAAAAGGCUAUAAGAUAACAGGACCAUCUCCCGCUUUCUUUCUAGAUACAACACAGGAAAUGAACUCUCUGGUUAUAAACCCCACCACAACACGCCGCACCACACAUCUGCCUUUCGAACCCUCAGCUGAAAGCAAGAUGGAGCAUAAUUUCACCUGUGACACGUUUCAAGAGCACCUGCUGCCCUCGAUGUACGGGGUGGAGUUCAUUGUGGCGCUGACAGGAAACCUGUUUGCCCUGUGGCUGCUGGUGGUCAGAGAGAGAAGGAACUGGCACACUGGGGUGGUCCUGUCUUGUAACCUGGCAAUCAGUGACCUGCUCUAUGUCCUGACCCUGCCUUUGCUGAUUGUCUACUACUCACUGGGGAAACACUGGCUGUUUGGUUCUGCUGUGUGUAAAAUCGAGAGGUUUCUUUUCACCUGCAACCUGUACGUGAGCAUCUUCUUCAUCAUGGCGAUAAGUGUGAACCGAUGUGUGGCCCUCGCGUAUCCCUUCUUCACCCGCUCCUACGUGAAGCCUGCCCACGCCAAGGCCGUUAGUGUCAUCAUCUGGAUGGUUGUAGGACUCAUGUCCUGCCCUGUGUUGAAAUUUGCCUCAGUUUGCAAUAAGCACAACAAGACAGAGUGUUGGUCCUUCUACUGCAAGGAGGAUGAAAGCCCUUACUUCAAUUACAACUUGUUCCUCGCUGUGUUUGGGUGUCUUGUUCCCUUCCUGGUUACUCUCUCUUCUUACUGUGUGGUGAUUUCGAUCGUGUGGAAAAAUGUCAGUGUAACCACGCUGGAGAAACGCAGGGUGGCCCUGCUGGUCUCAUCAGUGCUGGUGCUGUAUGCCAUUUCCUUUGUGCCGUACCACGUCUUCAAGAUCUAUCACCUGUAUCGGAAAGUCUAUCCCAGCAACUCUGACUGUUGGGCCUACAACAUGUACCAGGUGUCCAAGGGACUGGCGACUCUCAACAUGUGCAUCCAUCCACUCCUUUACAUGGCUGUGUUUGACAGUAUCAGAGUGGCUUGUUGUGGUAAGAGCACAGAGGACAACAGCAGGCCGGGGGUGAGGAAGAAGUAGAGCUGCUGCUUGACAGCUUUUCUGUGAAGGUCAUCCUUAUUAUUUCAUGCUGUGAAACUUUCUUGACUUGUUUUUGUUGUUGCUGAAAGUUAUUAUUCUACUAACUUUGAAACACAACCAUCUGUAAUAAAGAUGUUUUUGUAGCUAUGA